AUUUGUCGGGUCACGAACACAUAAUACCAAGGCACAUCCUUUACAAAGCAAUUCUAAAAUCAUUUCUUCACAAUGAGAGAUGAACAGAGCAUUUUUACAUGGCACUCUUAUCGCUGUUUAAUUUAAACCAGGAUUUGUGGAAUUAACUAUUUUGGGGGUUGCAUGAGAGAUUGAAUCACCAAUUAAACACCAGGGUUGAAAGCCAUUCUACAAUACACAAGAAAAACCGUGAUUCAAUUAGGCCUAUGGAAAUUCUCAGCCAUCCAGGUCAUGGUUGUCCCGAAAGUGCUUUUUACAUCAGGGCUGAAGAAGCGUCAUAGAUGAGAAGACAAACGUCUUCAAAGAAAAACAAGAAAGUCCAGUUGCCUCUUGAAAAAAGCACCUUUGCCAUUCAAUGAUCUUUGUCACAACUAGCUACUAUUGUAGGGCUGACUUCCAGCAAACUAGCCAGCCACAUUUUAACCUCAGGCAUUGGGUGAACCCAGACCAAAGGUUAGCUACUAGUAGCUCUGAUGUAAGCCUAGACCACUGCCUGAGCUAACCAGGAGUAACCACGCCAAGCCACACUUCAGCUUCUGUCCAUUUCUCCUGCAGAGCCUUCGCGGGCACACGCGAGUCUUUUUAGCGGAAGAAACAGCAAGAGGGCCGAGUAACCUCUCUUUCUCAGGGCCCACCGUCGGCACAUGAGCCGGCUUGUUUACCAGCGUUUCGAUGCCUUUUCCCGCCCAAAGCCUAGGCGUCGCCCUAAGGACGCCUCCGGGCGGGCUCACAAGCGACUCGCCUUCCGGCAGGAUGAAACCUCUCCGAUCGGCUGAAGGUUGUCUCGGGCGGGGCCGAUCAGAAACCAGCUCGGUGGGGGGGUGGCUGUGGGGGGGUGGCGGGGGGAGGCGAAAAAGGCGGAGUCUGACCGGCAGAGACCCCACCUCCGGAGAGAUGCCAGAACCAGUCAGAAGGGCGCAGCGCGGGCUCCUCUGUUUCGCACCCGGCGUGGGGGGUGUAGCUCUUCCUCCGCCGGCCGUUCUUUGUGCCCGUAGCCGCUAUGCGGGAUUACGACGAGAUCAUCGCCUUCCUGGGCGAGUGGGGUCCCUACCAGCGGCUCAUCUUCUUCUUGCUCAGCGCCAGCAUCAUUCCCAAUGGCUUCAACGGCAUGUCCGCCGUUUUCCUAGCCGGCACCCCCGAGCACCGGUGCCGGGUGCCCGCCAACGCCAACCUGAGCGCGGAGUGGCUGAACGCCAGCAUUCCCCUGGAAGAGCGCGACGGGCGGCAGGUGCUGAGCCGGUGCAGCCGCUACAGCCUGCAGGCUCUCAUCAAUUUCUCUGCCUGGAACCUGGUGCCCGGCCGCGACAUCAACCUCAGCCAGGUGAAGAGGGAGGAAUGCCUGGAUGGCUGGGAGUAUAGCCGGGAGGUUUAUCUUUCCACCAUCGUCACGGAGUGGAAUCUCGUAUGUGACAAUGACUGGAAAGCUCCUCUAACUACAUCUUUGUUCUUUGUGGGUGUGCUGCUUGGAUCCUUUAUAUCUGGACAACUCUCAGACAAGUUUGGCAGAAAAGCUAUUCUAUUUGCAACCAUGGGUGUACAGACAGGUUUCAGCUUCCUCCAGAUCUUCUCAACCAGCUGGGAAAUGUUCACAGUGCUUUUUCUUAUAGUUGGCAUGGGGCAGAUUUCAAAUUACGUUGUGGCCUUCAUAUUAGGCACAGAAAUUCUUGGCAAAUCAGUUCGUAUUAUAUUCUCUACGUUAGGAGUUUGCAUAUUUUUUGCAAUUGGCUACAUGUUGCUGCCACUAUUUGCUUACUUCAUCAGAGACUGGCGGAUGCUACUACUGGCUCUUACUGUCCCUGGGGUGUGCUGCAUUCCACUGUGGUGGUUUAUUCCUGAGUCUCCUCGGUGGCUGAUUUCUCAAGGAAGAUUCACAGAAGCUGAAGCAAUUAUUCGGAAGGCGGCAAAAAGAAACAAGAUUCCAGCUCCAGAAAUAAUUUUAGAUCCAGUGGAUGUAGAAGAUUUGAAAGCCAAGCAACAUCAGGGUGUGUUUUUGGACUUGUUCAGAUCACGAAACAUUGCAAUUAUGACUUUUAUGUCUCUUCUUUUAUGGAUGUUUACAUCUAUUGGCUAUUUUGGCUUGUCACUCAGCACCCCCAAUCUGCAUGGAGAUGCCUACUUCAAUUGUUUUCUGUCAGCAGUCAUAGAGGUCCCAGCCUAUGUGAUUGCUUGGCUCCUCCUACGAGUCUUCCCUCGACGUUAUACAAUAUCUGGCACCCUUUUCUUGGGAGGAGGAGUUAUUUUGUUCAUACAGUUGGUACCGCCAGAUCUCCACAUUCUGUCUCUCAUCUUAGUGAUGCUGGGGAAAUUUGGGAUCACAUCAGCCUUCUCCAUGCUUUAUGUCUAUACUGCAGAACUCUAUCCAACGAUAGUAAGAAACAUGGCAGUGGGUUCUACUUCCAUGUCAUCCCGGGUGGGCAGCAUUAUUGCACCAUACUUUGUUUUCCUGGGUGCCUAUGGUAAAUUUCUGCCUUACAUCCUCAUGGGCAGCCUAACAUUAUUGAUAGGGGUUCUCACCCUCUUCUUACCAGAAAGUUUUGGGAAACCGCUGCCAGAGACAUUUGAUGAGAUGCAACAAAUUAAAGGGUUAAGCAAAAAAAAACAUCUCUACAAGGUAGAGAUAUCAGAGCAAAAUGAACUGACCAUCAAGAAUAUGACAUCAUUUUGAUCAUAUCAAUUGAAUGGAGGAGUUUGUUGUUAAGUAUAUUUCUAAAGAUAUAUGAAAAUCAAUAACACUAUUGCAGAGACUUUUCCUAAUGAUCCUGCGGUUCUCAAAACACUGAUGUACCAAAUAUGUGGAAUUGUUUUAAAUUGCUGUGUUGGCACAAGUUACUUUUAUCAGUAACUAUUUCUAUUCCUUGGUUUGGGAUUUGCAUUUUUGUGAGGUCUUGAAUAUUUUCAUCUCUUCUUGAGGUGCAGGUAUUGUUAUUGUUAUAUGUGUAUUUAUACUUUAUAUAACUUUUUAGUUUUGUGUUUCUUGAACUCCAAACAUUAUUUUUAAGUAUUCUAAAGUCUGGAUUAAGAUCUAUAAUGUUUCGCUUUAGAAAAUAAAUGGCAGAAUUUUUGUGGAUAGGGCUGUAUCUUCUAAGGCUCACUUGAAAAAUCUUUAAAGGAAAAAUUAACUAUAAUAAAAUGUAACUUUAAACUUUAAAAAGAUAUUUUUGAAAGUGAAGCACAUGUUUUGAAAUUAGUUUAUCUAUUAGAAAUAAAUUAUAACCAUAUUUUCCUCUGUCAACUAGAAAACAACUCUGAAAAUCCAAAAUUUAAAAUGCACUAUCAUUGGUUUCUACCUUUUAGGAAAUUUGCCUGUCAAUGCACACAAUAUGUAGUUUUCUCCACACUUUUGCAUUCUACUUAUUUAUAUGAUCAAUUAAUUCACUGGGCCAAGUAAAACUCUUUAUUUUCUUCAAUGAGAAAUAUAAGUCAGGUGUUGUGUUGGAUUAAGUCAGCCUGCCAGAAGAAACUGUUUUAUGAAACUGGAUUUUUAAAACAUUUUAGGUGAUAAAGUAUUAAAGAUGACGGUGUGCAUGAGCUUGUCAGCAAAUCCUUUGCUGAGAAAGUCAUAUGAUAAGAUAGUGAUUUAAAUCAAGUAUUCAGACAAUUGGGUCUUUAUGUAUAGAUCACAAUUUAUUGUCCAUUAAAUACUGAAAUUCUUUAUCUUUUGUCCACAAAAUCAUAUGCCUGUAUCUAUUACUUGUUUGAAAAGCUUAAAAUGGCAUUUUAUGAAAAUGUAAACUUCUGUAAUUCAGAUUUUGCCUGCAUCAUGGGAGGAAACUGGCUUUCCUGCUUUUACUGCCCAAGUAACAUUCCUACUAAUAUAUUAAUCAGAUUUAAUUCAUUAAAAAGUAUGCAACCUGCUAACUGUAGCAAAACCGCAGAAUAUGCUGUGUUUCUGUACCAUUAAUCUGAACACAGCAUGCUUUGUUAUAAUACUACUAGUCCAGAACAAUUUGUUUUAUGACCUUAGAUGAAUCUUCUCCAUUGUGAUGAUCCCAAGAAAAUGCUGACUAUUUAUGAGACUGAUGGAGUUUAUAUUCUAAUAUAUCUGAUGGACAAGACUAUCUUGGACAUUAUCUGUGAAGGUUUUGUGAAGGCUGCUUUAAAUUUUACUUAGCAACAGUUUUAAAUAUGGCAAAGAAAGUCUUUAUAAAAGCAGCUUUUUCUAACCGCUCCUUUGAAAACUAAAGAUUAAUAACUUCACAUUCUAUAUGAAACAUCUGUAUCUACCUUGAAAAAGAAUGGCAAAAGAGCAAAGCAGCAUUUAAAUCAACUCCUUACUUUCAAGUGACAAAUUCAGGACUAGUACCUCUUGUUCCUUGUAGGAGAACACUUUGCCUUAUGAAGCCUGUGCAGUGAUGCUAGCAUUAUAUGAAUGUAUGCUAUGUUCAUUUCUUUUUCUAUUUUUUAUGGUUCUGGUACAAAACAUUACCAGUCUUUAACAUGACUCUUCUAAUAUUCAAGUUAUUUGCAAGAUUGCCAGGUUCUGAAUUGCAAGCUAUCGCUGUGGAUCCACAGUGUUUUCUCAGGUUUUUACCUAUGGCAAACAGGCAGGAUACUGAAACACCAUGGGGGGGGGGGGGAGAGUUAAAAUUAAUAAUGUAUUGUAAUCUGGCAAUAUAUUAUGUAUAAAUAUAUUAUGUAUAAAUCUUUUGAACAAAAUAAUGGAUUCCUAUACAGUUUUACCCUGUUGUAAUUGUAACUGUUUCUAAGAUAAUAUUUGUGGUACUUUUUUGGAGAAUCUAGUUUUUCUAGAGUUUUUUCAUUGUUUGAGAGUCUCUUGAUUUUUAGUUCAACACUGUCCAGUUUAGAAAGCUGCACUUUCUAGAAGAUUGUGACUUUGCAAUUUUGUUUUUAAUUUUUGGAGGGAUCACUUCUCAAAGACUAUUACAGUAUUACCUGACCUAGUGCAAGUUGUAAAGACAUUUUAACCUCCUGAUAUAUCCAUAAUUUCUUAUAAUAUAGUUGCUUUCAUCUGAGGUCCAAUUUAGUAAUUGAAGAAAGUCUACUAAAGAAAGCAACAAUUGUAAUUUUUUUGUCUUUCAUUGCUAAGUAGCUGAAGAUUUAUAACUUCCAGGCAUGGUUUUUUGGCAUAUUAUGUUCUGUAGUAUUAAUAAUUACUGCAUAAAAAUAUUUUUCAGUAAAAUGUACAUUCUUUGCCAAAAUAGAUCUUUCUCAGGGAUUUUUCAUAUAAUGAUUGCAAUCUUCCAAAGACAGGAAAUGGAAGGACCAUUUGGAAUGGAGGAAGGCAAGUCAUUGUCACA